GGCACAGUAGUACGCGCACUCUGCCCAAACGACGCGCGCGCCGCGUCGCCUGCGCAACCUUAUCUCCACGAUAUCUAGUGCAAUAACAAAACUAUAUGAGUGGAUUACAGUGCUCUCUAAACACGAACGGUGAUGUGAUAUUUAACUAUGUGUACCCGUGAUUGAUAUACUAAACAACUUUGUGUGUAUUAACUGUUUUAUGGGCCGUGCAGUGCGCCUAUUGUUGUGUGCUCCACUAAUAUCCUAUUCACCUGUUGCAGUCAACUGCGGUUAGACUGUGAAAUGUGACAAAAAAUUGCAAAGCUUUGUUUAGUGCGGACCCUGGGUUGGUAAACUUUGUGGGCGACUACCUGACUACUGGGAGUUGUUGCGCCUGGUGAUCGAUCGGACGACCCGUCGACUUAUGAUUAGAAGACGUGAUGUCGGAUAACACUGGAACUGUUGUAACAAGGGCUACAACACCACGCCCUGUACCUGAUAGUCCAGUGAACGCUCCACUGCGAUCGAGACAUGACCAAUUUCUUGCAAGCUCAGCGGAUCGAGCACAGAGGUCUUCAUCAAAUGGACGUAAUUCAGGAAAUUUUGAUUCGCCACCUCUACCUUAUCAUCGACAGAUACCAUCUGGUACUCUUUUAACUGCUACUCAUCGUGAAUCAUCAGCGUUUGUUCCCGUCGUACCUACUAGAGCAAUGCAUCCCGUUAUGUACCCGAGUGAAAUGCAUCCCGCAUUAAUACCGUCUGAAAUUAUGGAAAGGGAAAGAAUGCUCGACCGAGAAAGACCGGAACAGUCAAAGGGUUCACCGGACAGAGCGCCCGGUAAUUUUAGUAAAAGAAAUUCAUUCGAUUUAAUGGCGAUGAUGGUUGAAAAAAGAAAAGAGGUUGCUCUUAGAGAGGCCGCAGCUGCCAUGCUCUUACCCCACCAUAGAACUCCAUCGAUUGAUGGCAUGAUGUCCGAUGGAUCAUCACAACCUCCUAUGUAUGGUCCGCCUGGCGCUUUUCUUGGGGCUCCCGGACCCUCACCGACAGCUGCCAACACUUUUAAUUUUCCGGGUGCGGGAUUAUUUCCGCCUGGAGCGGGACCCCAUCAGAUGCACCCACAUCUAGAUAGAAGACUGCUUAGAGCUCCAGGAAGAGCUUCGAGGCCGAAAAAACAAUUCAUUUGUAAAUUCUGUAAUCGUCAAUUUACAAAGUCUUACAAUUUGCUAAUACACGAGAGAACUCACACUGAUGAACGUCCUUACUCCUGUGACAUCUGCGGCAAAGCGUUCCGGAGGCAAGAUCAUCUGCGCGAUCACAGAUAUAUUCAUUCAAAGGAAAAACCGUUUAAAUGCACAGAAUGCGGAAAAGGCUUCUGUCAGUCCAGGACGUUGGCGGUUCACAAGAUAUUGCAUAUGGAGGAAUCUCCUCAUAAAUGUCCAGUAUGUAGCCGCAGCUUUAAUCAACGUUCGAAUCUCAAGACACAUCUUCUAACACACACCGAUCACAAACCUUACGAAUGCAAUUCAUGCGGAAAGGUAUUUAGAAGAAAUUGUGAUUUACGACGACAUGCUUUAACCCACGCUGUCGGUGACAUUCCUCCAGGAGACGUUCUCGACGUCGGCGAAGAAGAUGUUGGUCGACCUGGAUCACCAAUUGAACCUGGCUUUGAUGAUGAAGAGCCUGAUUUGUCAUCUCCAGAACAUUCCCCAGUGCGUCGUGCAAGAUCUUCUUCAGUCGAAAGCAUUAGUAGAGAACAGAGUGAAGAACGCCCGCGACGGUUGUCUCCACCACCACAUAGUGUGGAAAGAACCCAUUGCCACCACAAUGAACAGACAAAUAGAGCGAGUCCUUACACUAUGAGGCCUCAGCAUCAAGACAAACAUCGAAUGUCAUCAAUGGAUGGUUAUGAGAAUCGAAAAUAUUCCUCCGAGGAAAUAAUAGAAAAAGAAAUGCGCUAUCCUGAUAUACCAGACCCUCCAGUCAGACACCCUCAGCUACAGAUUCGAAGAGACUUGCAUCAAGUGCAACCUCCUGAUCCAUCUAAAAUUGGUCAAUUGGCAAGCCCGUCUAUUGACCCAGGGCCUUCUAGUAUGUUUUUAAGCCCAUUUAGAAAGAGAAGUCAUCCACCUGACAUAGGGGAUAAUAUUAGAACGUGUGCUCCUAUAUACAGGACCCGAUCGCCUGAACCAACAAAUUUGUCGAUGCCUCGUCAACCAAUAAGUAAUAAUGAUAUCGUGGUCACCAUGCCGCCAAUAAUGGGUAUGUCUUAUCAUAAGUAUGGCAUACCUUUGCCCCCGCCACACCCGCAAGUUGCUUACGGUUCAAUGACACAUACAAUUUUAGGUCCACAGCAAACAGUGGCUCAGGACUUAAUAGUAAAACCAACGCCUCCAAAAGAUACUGCGCCAAGUACCUCUACAAGCGUUUCAAGCUCCAUAGACGGUGGUCACAGCAACGGAAACGGAACUGAUAACCUGAGUACAAGCUCAAUUGCUAAUGGUAUAAAGAACAUUGUGGGCAUACAGCCUACACAUACUACAGCAGGCACAAGUCAAGCAAAUAGACCCAAAAAAGGUUUCAGCAUAGAGGAUAUAAUGAGACGCUGAUGCAAUAAUUUAUGAAACAGGAUUGCUUAAUAUUUAAAUAUUUACGAAAAAAGUAUUAUUAGUUCAGCUUAAGUAAGAUCGUUAGAAAGUAUUGUAUGUAUUCGAAAGUGAUUGGGUUUUCGUAAAGAUCUCAUAUGGUUUGUUUGUGCAGUGUUUUGAUUACGUCCAAAUUUUAUUAAAAUAUUCAUAUAUUUUAUAUACAUUGGUGGCAAUUCUUUUAACAAAUAAUGAAUAAAAUGAAAAAAUGUUUUCUUAUAUUUUUGAUCACAAGUUAUUUAUAGUUCAGAUAUGAUGUAUUGUAAAGUAAUAGAAUUAUACGAUUGAUAAAUUUUAUUGCUAACCUAACACGCCGUUGUACGGAAUUGUCACCAAAAUCUAUACUUUAUUUGAAAUUUCGAGGUUAAUAUUCUUUGUAUGUUAUAGAUUAUAUUAAUGCUAAUUUGCGACUGGUAUUAUGAUUGUGUUAUUUAUUAUUUAGUUUUUAAAAUAACGAAGGCAAUUUUAGUUUAAUUAGGUGUAAGUACCUAGCUAUGUGAUUUCAUUAUAAUACGUAAAUAAUGUUAAGUUUAUUGAAGAAAGUAUUACUUUAUGUAACUUCAUUUUAAUUUGUAAAUUGAUUUCGUAUACUAAUUAGCCUUAAUAAGUUAAAUUUAUUAUAAUGAGCAAGAAAUUUCUUGAAAAUUAUGUCGUAAAAUAUUUUUAGAAGUGAAUGCAAAUUCACGUUGAAUGUUAAUUUAAAAGUUGGCUUUUGUUUCUGUAAAUGGUAUGAGCGUCGCUGAAUUAAAUACUAUAACAAAAUUAAGCCGUAAAUGUAAAAGUAAUUCUUGUGCUCAUAAUACGACGUAAAAUUUUCUAUCUUAUUAAAUACAAU